GUCCUGGGUUGCAGACCCCAGCGACUGAACGUCCUUGGCCCCGCCCAGCGACGGCGGCCGGGCUGGCGCGGGUUCGGCCUGGCAGAGGGGGGCCCUGGGCGGUGGGAGGGAGGUUACCUUUCCCUCUAUCACCCUCCGCCGCCCGAAGCAGGAGGAAGAAGCCGCGGCAAAGUCCGUGGGCGGCAUGGCAGAAGCUCCGGAUGAGCGCGAGUCGGGCCCCGAGGCAGCGGAGCAGCUGCCGCAGCAGCACGUUGGGUGCCAAGUCUUCUCUGAGCGGCUGGCUCAGCAGAAGCCACCGCAAGGGUUCCUCUCCAGUUUUUUCACCAACAACCAGAAGUGCCAGCUUAUGCUCUUGAAGACGUUGGCGACAAAUCCAUAUGUCAAACUUCUACUUGAUGCCAUGAAGCAUUCAGGCUGUGCUGUUAACAAAGACAGACACUUUGCUUGUGAAGACUGUAACGGAAAUGUCAGUGGAGGUUUUGACGCUGCAGUGUCUCAGAUUGUUCUCUGCCAGAAUAACAUCCGUAAUCAGGCCCAUAUGAACAGAGUGGUCACCCAUGAGCUCAUUCACGCCUUCGAUCACUGCCGAGCUCACGUCAACUGGUUCACCAAUGUCAGACACUUGGCCUGCUCUGAGGUUCGAGCUGCUAACCUUAGUGGAGACUGCUCACUUUUAAAUGAAAUAUUCAGGUUGCAUUUUGGAUUAAAACAACACCAUCAGACCUGUGUGCGAGACAGAGCCAUCCGCUCUAUCCUGGCUGUUAGGAACAUUAGCAAAGAGGCAGCUCAGAAAGCUGUUGAUGAAGUGUUUGAGUCUUGUUUCAAUGACCAUGAACCUUUUGGAAGGAUCCCUCAUAACAAGACCUAUGCAAGAUAUGCUCAUAGAGACUUUCAAAACCGGGAUCGGUACUACUCAAAUAUAUGAAGACAAUGAUAUUUUAUACUAUAGAGCUUCAGUGUUCAUGAAGAAAGUAUGGUUCCUAAGCGGACAAACAUAAAUGUUCAAUUAAAUACAGGGAAGACACAGAAGAUGCUGAUUCUAACAUCAGAAAAAGUAACUGUGGUGAGAAAUGAAAUUGCCUUAAAUGCAAAGGCAAACAUUGUAUCUUUGUAGCUUUGGAUCGUUAUUUACCAGUUGGUAAGUAAAGCAAAUAAAUUGUUCAUUUAAAAUUUUC